AUGGCGAGCAGCGAUGAGCUUUGGAGGACGAUAUCAGCCGAGUCCUACCUUGGCGAGACAGAAUACCAGCGAGAGAUAUACGACACGGGGGUCGAUACAACUACUGGCAUUGCGCACGCCCAGCCGGACGAGAAGAUAGACUCGACGGCAAUCUCGAUAAAAUCUUUCUACGACAAGACGAGAGAUCCGAAUGAAAAGCCGCCAAGGCUUGGGCUGACCUGGACGGAUCUAUCGGUUCGUGGAGUAGCCGGGGGCCUUCGAGUUCACGAAAAUGUGCUGUCGCAGUUUAACACCCCGCGGAGAUUCAAGGAAGCGAGACAAAACAAAGCACACAAGGACCUUAGAAUCAUUCUGGACCGAGUUCACGGCUGUGUCAAACCUGGAGAAAUGUUGCUCGUCCUCGGUCGGCCCGGCUCUGGCUGCACCUCACUUCUUAACAUUCUCGCCAACCGGCGUUACGGAUAUGAAGAAAUUGAGGGUAAAGUUCGCUUUGGGGCCAUGGAUGAGGUGCAGGCUCGACAGUAUCGCGGACGCAUCGUCAUGAAUACCGAAAACGAUUUCUUCUUUCCGACUCUAACCGUAGACCAGACGGUGGAGUUUGCGACCAAGAUGAAAAUCCCACACGAUUCAUGCCCCAUUCCGGCCGACUUUGCCACUCCGAAGGAGUACAGGAACGCUGUCAAGACUUUCAUCCUCCGCACCCUUGGCAUUUUCCACACCAGCGACACGAUGGUGGGGAAUGAGUUCAUACGUGGCGUCUCGGGAGGCGAGAGGAAGCGAGUGUCUAUUGCGGAAGUGCUGGCAACAGAUGCUAGCAUCUAUUGCUGGGACAAUAGCACGAGGGGCUUGGAUGCCAGCAAUGCGCUUGAAUGGACUCGAGCGGUACGGGCAAUGACGGACAUUCUAGGUCUUACCACCAUCGCGACGCUUUAUCAGCCUGGAAACGGCAUUUAUAAUUUAUUCGACAAGGUCCUGGUGCUAGACGGAGGGAAAGAGAUCUUCUACGGGCGGCGGGAGGAGGCACGGCCCUUCAUGGAGAGUCUGGGAUUCGUGUGUGCUGGUGGCGCAAAUAUUGGCGACUUCCUUACUGGCGUGACGGUCCCAUCGGAGCGUCAGGUUCGUCCCGACAAGAGGGCCUCGUUCCCCAGGAGUGCUGUGGAAAUCGAGGCUAUUUACGAUAAAUCAGAAAUCAGAAUGAGGAUGGCUAAGGAGUACAGCUAUGGCGAGAGCGACGCUGCCGUAUCAAAUACCAAAAGCUUUCAGGAUUCAGUGGCACACACCAAGUCCGCAAGUCUGGCUCACACUUCACCGUUUACAGUCUCAUUUGCGCAGCAGGUGAGGGCACUAACCGCUCGUCAAUACCAACUGCUCUGGGGAGAUAAGGCAACGCUCGGCAUCAAGCAGGCCUCAACCCUGAUCCAGGCAUUGAUUGCUGGAUCUCUCUUUUACAACGCCCCUGCCAAUUCGCAUGGGCUCUUCAUCAAAGGCGGCGCAUUAUUCUGGUCAACCCUGUACCACUGCCUAGUCGCUAUGUCUGAAACCAUCGCUACUUUCUUUGGACGUCCCAUCCUCUCGAAGCACAAGGAGUUUGCCUUCUACCACCCAGCCGCUUUCUGCUUAGCGCAGAUCGCCGCAGACAUACCACCAUUGUUCGUCCAAGUUACCGUUUUUGGAAUUAUCGUCUACUGGAUGGCGGGACUUAGAGAGACUGCCGGAGCCUUCUUUACCUAUUGGCUUCUCAUUUUCUCCAACUCCUUCUGCAUGACAGCCUUUUUCCGGUUAUGCGGUGCGGCUUUCCCGACGUUUGAUGCAGCUUCCAAAGUGUCCGGAUUUGUUAUCAACGCUGUUGCGACAUACACCGGCUUCAUGAUUCCCAAGCCUGAAAUGCAUCCGUGGUUCGUUUGGAUUUAUUGGAUCAACCCAUUAGCGUAUACCUAUGAGGCAUUGGCCGCCAACGAGUUCCACAACACUGUCAUCCCUUGCGUCGAUAACAAUCUGGUGCCUUCUGGCGACGGCUACACAGAUUCGAACUUUGCCGCUUGCACUGGAGUCAGGGGCGCAACCCCAGGCGCCACUUUCGUUACGGGGGAUCAAUACCUAGACUCUCUGUCAUAUUCGCGGUCCCAUCUAUGGAGAAACUUUGGCAUCGUUUGGGCUUGGGCGGCGUUAUUUAUCAGUUUAACGAUCUUUUUCACAACUCGGUGGCGAACGUAUAUCGGGGGCGGAAUCCAUCUCGUUCCCCGAGAACGGAUGGCCCGGAAUAAACCCCUCGCGCCAAAGAAGGAUGAAGAGUUCCAAGCUGGUUCGGGCUACCAGAGCACCGCACGGAGUGAGAAUUCAGUCAAGGCCGAGCCGAACAACUCGGACGUGUCGGGCAAUUCCCUUAUGAGAAAUGCUUCGGUUUUCACCUGGAAGAACCUCAGUUAUACGGUUAAAACGCCGUCGGGAGACCUCAGGCUUCUCGACAACGUCAGUGGAUGGGUCAAGCCAGGCAUGCUUGGAGCUCUAAUGGGAAGCAGCGGCGCCGGUAAAACCACAUUGAUGGAUGUCCUGGCUCAACGAAAAACCAAGGGGACGAUUACCGGCUCAGUUCUCGUCGACGGACGUGAAUUGCCAGUCUCAUUCCAACGGUCCGCUGGAUACUGCGAACAAUUCGACGUGCAUGAGCCAUUUUCGACCGUCCGGGAAGCUCUCGAGUUCUCGGCGCUUCUGCGGCAGAGGCGAGAUACACCCGACAAGGAAAAGCUGGCCUAUGUCGACACGGUAAUCGACCUCCUCGAGCUUCGAGACAUAGAGCACAGUCUCAUCGGGCGCCCGGGAGUUGGGCUGUCGGUUGAGCAGCGCAAGCGCGUUAGUGUCGGGAUAGAGCUUGUCGCUAAACCUGGUAUCCUGAUCUUUUUGGAUGAGCCUACGUCGGGCCUCGACGGCCAAGCCGCCUACAAUAUUAUGAGGUUCCUCCGAAAACUGGCUUCCGCCGGUCAAUCUGUUCUUUGCACUAUCCACCAGCCCAGCGAGCAAAUUUUCUCUCAGUUCGAUACCCUUCUACUUUUGGCAGAAGGCGGUAAGACCGUGUACCUGGGAGAUAUCGGCCCAGGAGCCGCCACUCUCAAGGGCUACUUUGCUCGACACGGCGCUCCCUGCCCUCCGGACGCAAACCCAGCCGAGCAUAUGAUUGACGUGGUAUCGGGGGUAGAACACGAGAAAGAUUGGCAUCAGGUGUGGCUGCAUUCGUCGGAGUAUGAACAGGCUAUGGCGUAUCUCGACAGCAUGAUCCGAACGGCUGCGUCGAACCCACCUGGGGUGGCAGAUGACGGCCAUGAGUUUGCCGCCUCCAUGGCAACUCAAACCAAAGUUGUGACGAGACGGAUGAAUGUCACUCUCUACCGCAAUACCGACUACGUCAUGAACAAGAUCGUUUUGCACAUCAUGUCCGGUCUGUUCAAUGGUUUUACCUUUUGGCAGAUUGGCAAUAGCAUAAAGGAUCUUCAAAACGCUCUGUUCGCCAUUUUUAACUUUCUCUUCGUUGCCCCCGGAGUCAUCGCACAGCUCCAGCCUCUGUUUAUCGACCGUCGAGACAUGUUCGAAAUCCGAGAGAAGAAGUCCAAAACUUACCACUGGGCGCCCUUCGUGACGGGCUUAAUCCUAUCAGAGGUCCCGUACCUUAUCGUCUCCGGUUUUCUCUACUAUGUGACCUUUUACUUUACGGUUGGCUUUCCCACGGAAGCCAACAAGGCCGGCGGUGUCUUCUUCGUCAUGAUAAUGUACGAAUUUCUCUAUACCGGCAUCGGUCAAUUCAUCGCCGCAUACGCCCCGAAUGCCAUUUUCGCCUCUUUGGUAAAUCCACUACUCAUCAGCAUCUUGGUUUCGUUCUGCGGUGUUCUGGUGCCCUACUCUCAGCUACAGGCAUUCUGGCGCUACUGGAUGUAUUACAUCGACCCGUUCACCUAUUUGAUGGGUUCCUUGAUCAACUUUGCCCUCUUCGGCCGGCCCAUCGAGUGUGAGGAAUCAGAACUCGCCAUUUUCAACCCUCCGGAAAAUAGUACCUGCAUCGACUUCCUGUCCGCGUACCUCCAAGGAGCGGGCUCUGGCGCCAAUCUCCUUAACCCAGAUGCCACAAGCGGUUGCCGCGUUUGUCAGUAUGCCUCGGGCACCGAUUACCUUCGUACGCUGAACCUAAAGGCCUCUUACUACGCCUGGAGAGAUGCGGGCAUCGUCGUUGGAUUCGUGUUUUCGUCAUAUGGUCUAGUAUAUGGUUUGAUGAAGCUAAGGACAAGGGCCACAAAGAAGGUCGAAUAA